GAUAUUUGUAGACUUACCUACUUUUGAAUUUUGCGUUACUAUGGAACAUAUUGGUGAGCAUUCAACUAGCAUUUAUCAUGAUACUGUCUCUAUCGGUGGUGGUUCAUCAUUUCCGCAGUUCCCUUCCCAAACACGGGGAUGGUCAGAUGCGACCGAUCCAAAUUCCGAGUCACUAGCCGUUGAAAUUUCUGGAGCAAUGAGUGAUAAAGACCGUGUUUUAUUCAAGAUUCAUACAAAGACUACAUUGCCUGAUUUUAAACAAAAUGAAUGUGAUGUACAACGAAUGCAUGAAGAAUUCGUCUGGCUUCAUGAUCGUUUAGUUGAAAAUGAUACAUAUGCAGGUUUAAUUGUCCCACCAGUACCACCCAAACCAGAUUUCGAUGCAUCUCGUGCUAAACUACAACGACUGGGUGAAAAUGAAGGCAAUCUACCCGUAGACGAUCUGCGGAAAAUGAAAGCUGAAUUAGAAGCUGAAUACUUAGCUACUUUUAAGAAAACAGUUGCAAUGCAUGAAGUGUUUUUACAACGACUAGCAUCACAUCCAACAUUUAAACAUGAUCAUGGUUUUCGUGUAUUUCUGGAAUUCGAAGAAGAAUUAAACGUACGAAAUAAGACAAGGAAAGAAAAGGCUGUUGAUUUUUUAAAAUCUGUCUCAAAAUCAGCUGAUGAGACUUUAUGGUUAAAUAAUCAACGUGAUAAUGAUGUUUUCUUUCGUGAUGAGAAAUGUAUCUUAGCUGUUUAUCAUUCAGCUAUAAAAGAUGCAACGGUAGCAGCGGAUCUAGCAUCGAAAUGUCGUAAAACUAAUGCAAAUACUUUAUUACAAAUUGAAUUGGCUCUAUCUAAUUUAAUUCCAAAAGAAUGCAAUAUCACUUCUGAAACCGAUUUGACAACUUUGUUAUCCAAUUUCUUUGAAAGCUUUCAAGUGAGUUAAUUCCUUAUUUUUGGUAUAUAAUAUUUUAAUGUGUAAGAUGGUAAGUGGUUGUAGAGUUAGUCGACAGGAAAUCCUGUUUCACUUACGUUUUGUGCUAUUUGGCACCGCUUUUUAGCAAAGUGUGCCUGUUAUCUUAAAGAAACUUUUAGUGACCCAGAAUCUGAUUCCAGUUUGAUCAGACCAAUGAUCUUUAUCAAAUGGUUGCUAUUGGCAGGCUCACCACUUUGAUGUCCCUCUAUCUGACUCUAGUAAUAUCAUAUGAUUGAUUGAGUAGUUUGAGUCGCUCAUCGAUUAAGUCGGUCAUUUCGUUUAUCGGACGCGUAGAAUUCGUGAUGUUCACCGUUUGCGUAGAUUUACGAGGUGAGUUUAGUUCGAAAUCGAGCUUACCAUUUUAGUGGUGCCGUGAUCUCUCCAGUUUGAUCGUAUGGUCGAAAACUGCAUUGUUUAUCGAUUGACCUGGCUUAGCUCAGUUUAUUCGCCGAAAGUGUGGAGUGUAGAAGGUUCUCGAUUGCCGUAGUUUUCUUCGUUCGGUUAGCCGACGGCGGACCACCACUUUAGUGGAGCCCUUCAUUUUGACGUCAAUUAGAUCGUAUGACUGAUUGAGUAGUCCGAGUUGGUUCACUCGCCUACUUCAUUACGCGUCAUUUUGUUUUGUUUCGCUUCCCGAUCGAUUGUACGAAAUAUACUUAUUCAAAAAUUCAUCCUCGUAUUUCACUUAUUUUAUUUCGUUAUUAACCAAUGUGAGUUAAGUUUAUGAUUAUAUAUGAGGAUUGGCGACAUGUAUAUGUUUUGAUAACAAUCAAAAACGAUCCAACUGGAGUCAGAUUUUGGGCCACAAAGAACUGAUGCUCCCUAGCUCUUUCGUUCCCAUAUUACCUAGCUUUACAGUCAGAGACGUUACCACUGAGCUGUUCGGGCUAUGACUGACCCCGUAGAACUGAGAUGUAUUUAUACUUGAUUGAUCACUGAAUAGUAACGAAUGUUACAUCUCACGUUCUCUUUAGUACUAAUUGAAUUCUAUUGAUAAAGUUGCAAUGUAGUGAAUAUUAGUCCUUGUGGCUCGACAUCGCGUGCAUUGUGUUGAGGUGGGAUGUACGACGAUGGUUGGAGAUAAUUAACUGGAAGCCGUGGGCCUAGGUUUCGUGUUAUUUAACACUUGUCAGACUAGUGGCCACAUUGCAACUUGCCUGUCGGUAGAAUUUGAUCAGCACUGAGAGCGACUUAACAUGCAUGACAUUGGUCACCACUCAAUGGUCAAUCAGUCGUACAUACUUUUGUGUUUAAAUAAAAACUUUUAACUGUCUCACAAAUAUUUGUUUAAUCGUUUAUUCCCAACGCAUCCCUCACAAAUGUCAUGUAAAAUAUACAAAAGCAAUUACUUAAUAUUUAUCCACAUACUAAUGUUUAUUCCACUUAAAACGUAAUUUUGAUUAUAUAUGAAAUUUAAGGCUGUCUGUUUUCUUUUUAAAGUUUUUUUUUCUAGUUUGAGAUCUGAAUGUUCCUUUUUUCUCCCGUCUCUAAAACGAGGUUCAGUGUAUGUGUGUGUGUGUGUUGUUUAUCACUUACUUGGAGGGGGUAGCAUAGUGGUUAAGGCGUUCGGAUUUCAACCACUAGGUUGUACGAAUUCCCAAGUUCCAUUUCACCUACCUUUGCAGUGGUACACUAGCUCUUGUACGUAAACUGUAACUCAAAGCUUAUUACACCAAUCGGUAGUUAGUAAAUGAAUCAGAUCUAUCUAGUAUAUAACUUACUGAUUAACUUGCCGACUGACUGGACAUGUUAGUACCGUCACUUUAAAUAACAAAAUACUUUUUAUAGAUAUAAAAAUGAGUUAUUAUUGGAAAGUUACCUAUAUUUGUUUUACAUUUAGGACUGGAAUACAUGCUUUUUUCAUUUUGCGCUUCUGCUCAUAAAUGACUACAUUCAAAUAGACUGUGAAUGAAAAUGAAUGGUUUCUCAGAUUGUCCUAAAUUUUGUCGAAUUUUUCUCCUGUGAAAUAUAAAAGUAUAUAUUCAAUCGACUGAUCAUUCAGCAGUUAUCAAUGUUAUGUUUAACUAGUCCUUUUGUGCUGAUUUAAUCCUAUCGAUCAAGUUGUAACGCAGUCACUGGUGUAAGUGACUUGACAUAACGUUUAUUAUGUGUUAGGUGGUUGGAGGUAGUAUACAGGAAACCCUGAAUCUAGGUUUCAUUUUAGUUGGCACUCCUCAACAAGAUCCAGGGUUGUCUUCCAAUCAAUUUAUUGAUAAUGUCUAACGAUGAAGCUAGGUGGUUCAUGUUCCAGUCUCACAAAGAGCAUUAGUCCCCUCAAAGUUAUAGAUACACCUUGUUGAUGUGUGUCAAUUAAUGCAAAACUUAAUUUCAGGGUUUCCUCCCGAAUAUUUCUAACCACUUAAAUUGGCAGUAUUGCUAUUGCAGUCGAUUCCGAGCUAUGUUAUUCGAUUUAUUCAACUGCUGGUUAUGAUAAUCGUGUUGACCCCAACCAAGCAGUUUACACCUACGUACACGGCUCAUCCCAUCAUUCUUCGUGAAACAUCACAAGAAAACAGCGAAGAGAUGCGUAUUUCGUCCUAAAAAAUACUCAUAUUUUUAUGUUUAAAAGUUAAAAGUUAAUACUAUUUUUUUAGUUUCGGCCAAUACGUCAUAUGUAGACAAUAUCUGUCACAUCAGUCCCAGUUAGCCAGCCAUGUGCAGCAUAGAGCCUGGCACGUACGUUCAACAAUCCAAGUUACCAUGCCACAUUAGAACAGCGAGAUAAAGUUGUCAAGACACCUGAGUAUUAGAAUUAGUAACGUUAUCAAUACUAUUAAGAAAGAUUAGAUACAGUAAAAGAGCGAAAGAUGGAGCGAAAAGGUGUCGUUACUCAUUGUAAAAGAAAACAGAGUGAAUGCAUCUACGAACGUUCAUGAGCCAUGUCAUGCAAGGUUUCUAACUAUCGGUUACGAUAAUCAUACGGAUCCUAACCAGGUACCGGAAUCGGGAUCUGUACAGUUAUAUUUUUCUCUAGUAAAAGAAUCAAAGUACUAAAUCUUUAUCAUUAGUUUUUUCUUUCAAUUUUAAAUGAUUUUACUUUCCAGUUGUUCAUAAGGACUGUUCCAUGAAUUGCGUUUUGUUAAGAACUAAUGUCGAUUAUUAAGGAUUAUUUAUUGAUUUUCGACAUUACCUUUACGUUUGUUCAAUUAAAUCCAAUCAUUAGCAUAAGUUUCAUAAAUAACUAUACUGAAUUCAGUGUUUUAUUGAGUUUCUUUUUUUACUCUUCAGAAUAUAGCCUAGUGCUUUUGUGAAAUAAAAAUGUUCUUAUUUUUCAAUAUAAAAAUGAUGCUGAAUAAACCAGGUAGAUUGAUAAGAGGAUGGAGGCUAUUAUGUGGGGUAGGCUAAGCAAAUUGAUGAAUGCAUCCCAUUUGUACACAUUGGUAUAGACUAUUGCGAAUUAGUUUCCAUAAUUUCCACUUUUUAUAGGCACUGUUUUAUUCUCACGACUUUAUGGUAAAUUAAUGAGGACUAGGUAUAGAACUGGAAGAAACUCCUCUAUUCUGAACUAGUAUUCACUGUCUAUCAAAUGAGAAAGAAUAGUACUGUCUACAGAUUUCAUGAAUCUUUUUACUAAUCAAACAAAAUGAGCGUUCGUGACCACACAGGAAUAUAAGACUCUCCAAUCGAAACCUAUGUAACAGUCUUGUAUCGCCAUGUUGAAAUAAGUCAGGUUAUUAUGAUUAAUUGUUCACUAAAAUGACUCAUUGAGGGUCUUCAAAAUGUAUUUUAUUAAUUUCUGCUUAGAGUGUAUUGUUUUUGUGAGUUAAGUUUUGUAUGUUGUUUCUGAAGCUCAUGUAAUAUUCAACGGUCAGUCAUUAGACAAAAUUUAAAAAAAAUAACAGCUGAAUGUUUUGUUAAAUCUGUACACUUUGAAAUAUAGCUAGAUUGAUGUAAUAUAAUAUCAACGAAUUCUAGUCAAUUUUUAUCUUUAUCAUGCGAAACUAUCACAAAAUGGGAUCGACUAAAUCACAUGAAUACAGUCAUUCAAAAUCUAUCCGUUCAAUCAACAACCAUAUUUCAAUGAUAAUAAUAAUAGCAAUCAAUAAAACGCAGUUAACUAGAAUUUUUCUGUUUAGCUAAACUGGUUCUAUGAGAAAUACAUUUGUUAUCUAAGUUAGGGUCAAUUCUCGAUCAGAAGCAUGUGUUGGGGAUGCUAGAUCCCUAAAAAUCUCUUAGUAAACGUUUUAUUUGUGUAAUAUUAUUUUGGAAAUUUGAAUUUCUCAUUUUCGCGUCAAAAGCGACCAUUUUACCUUCAGAUUGUAUUUCUCGAUUAAAAGGACCUUAAAUGUCAUUAGUUCGUUCCCUCUUUUAAUACGCUAUGUUUUGACGUUUCCUAAGGACAUUUUUAUACUGCAUAUAUGCACUUGAAUUGUGUGCUUGUUCAUUCGUGCUUCUGGUUGCUUAUGGGAUAUACUUUUCCCUUGGCUGAAUCUGGUCCCUCCAUAAUUUUCUCCAAUCUACACUGUCAAAUGCUUUCUCAUAGUCAAGGAAGUGGAUAUAUAGUGAUCAGUUCCAUUCAAUUGAUCGUUCAACGACGAUCCGUAGUGUUGCGAUUUGGUCUGUGGACGACCGGUCCUUACGGAAUUCGGUGUGUUGAUCCAGAAGUUGGGCGUCUACUGAGUUUUUCAUCCAGUUCAGCAACACUGUUGAAAACGCAUCCUGGUACUGACAGUAGCGUGAUGCUUCUGUGGUUCUCACGCUAGCUCAGAUCUCCAUUCUUUGGAAUUUUGAUGAGGUGUCGUUCUUUCCAGUCCAGUCCAUCGUCAUUUGUUGCUUCUCCCAAAUCUUCCAGAACAGGACGUGAAACAUGUUUUCAGUUGCUUGUAUGUCUGACUUCAGUGCUUCAGCUGGUAUAUUGCCAGGUGCUGCUGCUUUCCCACUCUUGAUUUGUCUGAUGGUCAACCUGAUUUUUUCGAUCGUUGGUGGAGUGACAUCUAUGCGAAGGUCUGUAUGUGGCGUUUCGAUGUCCGGUGGAUUUAGUAGAGCUAGCUUAAUCAAGAGUUCCUCAAAAUGUCCCUCCCUUCCCCUCCUCUGCUCUUGAAUGCCAUUGAUUGGCUUGCGUUGGCUGUGCUUGAACGUUCAGGGCAGAUUUUAAAUGGUUUAAAUUGUUUAUUCUGGUUGCCCAGCCCUCCUCCUUUAUCCGGACUUGAGACUGGCAGUAACUCUAGGAGAGCUACAGGCGGAAUUUCUACUGUGAUUGGGAAAUUCUAAAUUGUGUAGUUUGUUUUUAUCUUGAUAUUUUUCGAGAAAAAUAUCAAAAAUACUUGCAUAGAGUUCCAUCUUAUUUUAUGUUAGCCUUUUAUUGCUAUUUAGGUUUUGGCAGAUUAUUUUUGUUUUGUAUUCAGUAAUUGAGUUGAAUGCUUAGCCGUAAUCUAUGAACGCUCGGUUCAUUAUUAUUAUUGAUAACGUUAUUGCCAGCCACCACGAUGUCUCUAUACUUUUUUGUUAGUUGUACAGUGAAAGGUCGUAAACUUUUCGUAAACGCGCCUGACUAGGUUAUGCGAUUAUUAAAUAUAAUAAUGUGUUAGAACAAAUCAAAAUAUAUAGCUUGUUGAAAUAUCUAGGAGGGGAGGGGGGACAAGUAUCCCAGAUAUUCAAACAGAUCGCCAUUGGAGAUCAUAGUGUGAUAAUAUCGUCUGACUGCAACACUUAAUGAUUGAUACAGAUUCAAAUCCCCUCGGCGAUUGUAGAUACAGCUUGUUGAAAAAUCCCAACUAGCGUGAAACAUUAGGUCGAUCGUCAAUUGUCUCCGACACAUUAGAAGUCAAAAUGCCUAACCAUUAAUAAAUCACUUGGUUUAGUAACCGGAUUACGAAAUAUAUCAAUAACUUCCGAUCACUGCCACAAACUAUACAGGCUCGCGUUAAUUUUUACCUAACGGUUAAUGAGUAUUAGUUUCCUUUAUCCUUAUUAUGGGUUAAAUCACUAGUGUUUGCCUAUGAAUUACUGCAUCGAUAAAACUAUUUUAUAUGCAUAUUUUAAUUUAUUGUGAAUCAGUUUCAAGUAGUUUCUUGUAAUAAAUGAAUAAUUUAUUAAUCAAUGAACUCAUUUACAAGUGUAUGAACCACACUCUCAUAAAACUACCUGGUUUUUCAAACCAAAAUAGAUUGAGCAGAAGUCGAACUUCAGAUUUAAUGUAACUUUUUUUAAAAAAACUUAUUUAUAUUUACUAGAAAAUUCUAGUUCGCUUGAGUUCGGAUGAAGAUUUAAAAUUAUCUGAUACAUUUCGUUACUAUGCAAUUGAUACUGGAGCUGCACGUGACCUACUCUAUCGUCGAUGUCGUGCAUUAGCAGAUUAUGAAACUGCUAAUCGUAAUCUUGAUAAAGCUCGAGCACGUAUGAAAGAUGUUCAAACAGCGGAAGAUGCACAAACUGCAGCUAAUGAACGUUUCAAAUCUAUUUCAGAAUCAGCUAAACUUGAAUUAGAAGAUUUCAAAGUUCGUCGAAUUAAAUAUUUCCAUAAAAAUUUAGUUGAUCUCGCUGAAUUAGAAGUCAAACAUGCUAAGUCCCAGAUAGAAUUAAUAAAAUCUUCAUUAAUGCGAUUAAAACUAAUCAAUAUACCUGUAUGAAAUCACCUACGAUUACCAUGGAAAUUACGGUUUGUACCAAAAGUAACACCUCAAUCACCACUACCACUACUACUAUUAGUAAUAGUGCCCAUUCCAAUUCACAAACAAAUAACAACAUUACCACAUUUAACUCGUCAAAAUAAUCACGUGUGUUUUUGAUUUGAAAUGUAUGGGGGAUAAAAGACAAUUCUCUCAAUCCUUUUUUUCCCUAAAUAUUCUACCGCCUUCAACACAGCCUUAUCCCGCUGAUGACGAUGAUGAUGGUCAGUUAAAUAUUAUAUGUUUUUCUGUGUGUAAAUUAUUAUAGACUUCAUUGAUUUCUAUUUUCCUACUAUAUUAUUAUUUCUCCAAUUCCAUGUGUUCGGGUUUGUGUUUAGUUUGUACUUUUCUACUACUAUUUGCGUCAAAUUCUUCUAUAUAUCCAUCCACCCACUGUACUACUACUACUUGCUGUGAAAGGAAUUAUCAAAUAUGAUUCUUAUUUUCUGAUCUUAACAUCCAAUCCUAUAAUGUAAGAAUGUCAAAAUCAAUUAACUUCACUGUUAACAAGUUUUUUUGAAUUCAACUGUAAGCGUUGAAGACGACAACUCUUCCAAACGUCUUCUGUGUUACUGUAUCAUCGUAGGUUUGUGUGAGUCCGUGUUUGUGUAUGUAUGUGCUAUUGGCUUUCUUGUUUGAUUAAUAUACAAUUCAUAUUCUAAUUAAAUUUACCAAUCAUACCAACUUCUUCCUCCUUCAUAUUACUACAUUCUGUGAUCAAAAUGAAAAACUCGAAAUGAUUAUCUUAUACUGAUGAACUCAUUUAUUAUAUGAAGCGAAAACAAAACGACAUAUUAUCUCUAUUAUUAGUGGGAAUAAAUUGAACCCCAACCUCAUGUCACGCACACUCACUUUUAUUUCCUAGGUGUGAAAUUAUCAUUCACUAUUAUCUUAUUCUUUAAUGCACUUAUAUGUAUACUUGGUUUAUUUGGUUUUCACUUUAUAAUCUUAUUUUUUACUUUUGCUUGUUUGUGUUAAUUGCGUUGAAAAAUUGUCCAUUGAAAUUAUUUUUUAUCAAGGUGUUCUUACUAUUUGACCAUUCAUGUGUCAAGUAUUUUGUAUAAUUCUAAUAAAAUAUAUAUGCGCUGC